AUGGAUGUCGCUGAAGAUCGCGACGUGAAGCUCCAGCGGGCCUCGAGCGAUCUGGUUGCUGAAUUCUCGGCGAAGCUGCCUUCGUUAUUGUGGCGAUCUUCAAACGGGAGUCCCCAACGUACCCCACGCAAAUGGGCCCCAGAGUCCAAGACCGAGAAGCUUGUCAGCCUUCUUGAACCCUUCCAAGAAUGGCCACAGCUGUUGGACCCCCACCUCCAACAGUUUCUACCUCCGUUGGUGGAUGCUUUUCUGGCUUAUUUGGUCAGACAUCGCGUUCACUACCAUGUUCAAGAGGCCCAGAAGCCACGAAAUAUUGCUGUCUAUCCACUUCCUAGGUCUAUUUGCAGAUUGCUGUAUACCUUCUGCAAGGUUCGUGGAGUCAAGGUUAUUAGCAGGUUCCUGAACAAUGAACCUAAAUACCUUGAUUCGAUGCUGCGAGCUUUUAUCGAAUGGAAUGCAGCAGAUAGGAACAAGCUGAGCGAUAGUUCUGCAGAGCCUGGUGCGCAGGGUCUUUUGUGGGAAGAGCGCUACGUUAUGUUAAUUUGGCUCUCACACUUGCUCCUUGCCCCGUUUGACCUAUCGUCACUUUCUUCAGAUGACAUCCCUAUUCCAUACGACAACCUGAGUCAAAUCAAGGGUAUCCCGCCUGAAACUCCUGUCCUGGCGAAAUCUGUUCUCUCGGUAGCGCUCAAGUACAUCAAUGUCCCGGGCAAGGAGCGUGAAGCAGCAACCGCCCUCCUGGCGCGAAUUGCCUUGCGCGGCGAUAUGCAAGCUCUUGGACUGCUGACAAGGUUGACGCAUUGGGCUUUUUCGGUUAUACAGCCUGCAGAGAACUCGGAAAUACCCACAGUAUAUUCAUGUAUUGGGGUUUUAAGUUUUAUUGCUCGCCUGGCGGGAUCUGGACAGCUGGAGGAUUUUGCUCCGUUGCUGAGAAUGGUUUUUGAACAAAUUCUGGUCAUUUCUAACGGAACAUCGGAAGUUUCUCAGGUUAUUGCAUCAUCUGCUAUAGCUCGCAAAACGGUUGUCAAAAUUCUUCGAUGCAUCACAGCCAUGGCCCUCUCACUCAGCGAGCGAGGAGACCCCAAUCUCAAUGAUGACCAGCUGUCAGCGAUAUUGGAAGAGGCUAUUGACCACUUUCUUGUUUCACUUGCUGACAAAGAUACACCUGUCCGGUUUGCUGCAAGCAAAGCACUCAGUGUUAUCACCUUGAAGCUGGACCCAGACAUGGGAACUGAAGUGAUUGAAGCCGUCAUCGGCUCCCUUGGCGAAAACAUCCUUUAUGAGACAUAUGACGGUACACUCAUGACCCCUUUUGAAGCCCGGAUGGCAGGACUCGAAGCCUUGAAGCGUAACCUAAGUGGAGUGGAUGCUCAGCGAUGGCAAGGGCUGAUGCUCACACUAUCUCAUCUUCUAUUCCGCAGAGCACCACCCACGAAUCAACUUCACGAUAUCCUUCAAUCGCUGGUUUCGGGCCUUGACUUCGAACAAAGAUCAUCCACUGGAAGCUCUGUUGGAACGGGCGUUCGGGAUGCGGCUUGCUUCGGCGUCUGGGCUUUGUCUCGGAAGUAUACUACCCCAGAGCUCCAAGCGUUACAACCCCAACCCAUUAUCGCAUUCGAGGGCCACGCUUUAGUCGGUGUGCUGCAAAAGCUAGCUGUAGAGCUGGUAUGCUCAGCCUGUGUUGACCCAUCUGGCAACAUUCGAAGGGGUGCAUCUGCUGCACUACAGGAGUUGAUUGGUCGCCAUCCUAACAUCAUUACAGAGGGAAUCGCUCUCGUCCAGGCUGUAGAUUACCAUGCAGUAUCCCGACGUUCUCGCGCAAUGAACGAUGUUGCAAAGGCUACUGCCUCUCUGGACCUCACAUACUGGAGCCCGUUGCUUGAAGCACUGAUGUCCUGGCGUGGUAUCGGAUCCCCUGAUGCGGAGUCCAGAAGACAAGCUGCCAGAUCUAUCGGCACAUUGAGCUUACAAGAAGGCCACAGGACCCUCAAUGUGGUUCUGCAGCGGCUAUUGGCAAAGCUUCCUCGCAUUCCUCGGAGUGACGUGGAAUCAAGGCAUGGAUGCUUCUUGUCUCUUGCUACUACCACUGACACGUUUGUCAAUGAAUUGGAAAUGCAUCCAGAGUCAAGAGGCACAAUCGAGGAGAAAGAAGUAUCUUCCCUGAUUACGGGCUUGUGGAAGAUAUUCGAGUCUCGAGCUGGGCCGACCGACGAUGACUUGACCCUUCAGAAUUCAAGACCGGAGUUGACUGCUGAAGCAUCUUCAUGCUUAAUUGCUUCACUUUGUCGAGCAUCAAGCCGAGUAUUAGGACUUGAAAGACCAUCAGAGGCCCUACUUGACCGCGCGCUCAGAGUCCUAUCUCUUUCUGUUUCUCGCAGCGAAGAUAUCUCUAUUCAAACUUCAUCGGAGGCGUUGUCUACAGUGUUUCCUCUCUUAUCUUCUGAAAAGAAAAAAGAUACUGUCCAUGUCUGGUUUUCACAUCUUCAUGCUGCGUCUAGACAGGCAAGUGGACGUGGUCAGAUAUUGGCCCUUGGGGCUGUCUUCAAGCAGCUUGAAGAGCAGAAUGAUCUUCAGGGGAAAAUCGUGACAGAGCUGCUCCGCUGCACUUGGAAAGACGAAAUCAUUGAGAAGCGUGUCGUAGCAGUAAGAUGUUUCGCUACUGGCAUCUUACCACAUACUGGCAAGCUACCAGCGCUCACGAACACCAUCGCGACCAGUUUGAUCGACUUUCUCAAUGAUUACACGACCAAUAUGAGAGGUGACGUUGGAUCACUCAUCCGAGUGGAGGCGAUUCAAGCAGCGAGAGCCAUUGCACCCCAGCUUGAAGGGCGUUCACAAAUUGUUUUGGAUCUGACUGGAUGCCUUUGUCGGCUGGCAUGCGAAAAGCUUGAUAAGGUCCGACUACAGGCAGCACUUUGUCUACAGGAUUGCUACUGGAACCUGUCAGACUUCAAUCCGUUCCAAACGAGGUUCGAGCACGUCAGCGAUGUCUCAUCCCAGGAGUAUUUCUUCCAAAUCUUGGGUUCGUGGAAUCAAGAAUGGCUACGCCAGCCAUUGCUGCAGGGCCUGUCGACCUCGGCAGUAGCUGGUGCGGAAGGACUCGUUCGGUCGACGAGGGCAGCAUUGAUCCAGUUUUUGAGUCUUCCUGACUCAAGUUCCAAUCAAAAUACUUUGACAGGAUUCGUGGAGGUCUUGUCGACAGCUUUGAGCGAGAAUCUCCCAGAUGAUCGCUAUGCAAUUCCCAUCGUCGAAGUGAUCGCAUUCCUGCUAGACAGCUAUGACGCUCCAACUGGGAGCGAUCUUAGCCCAAUCUUCCGAAAGGUAUUUGUUUUGGUUCAGAAGUCCCAUUUUCGCUCCUCGAAUAUCGCUCGUCUGGAGGCCGCUAUUCAAGUUUAUGCUGCACUUUCAAAAUUCGAGUCUUUGCGCAGUGACGUUUUGAAAAAGAUUACUGGGAUGCUGUUACAUCCAUUUCCCAGAGUUCGAUCCACCGCGGCAGACUACUUGUACACGAUAGUCGAAACUGAGGCUAUUAAAUACGAGGAUUGGUCUGCUCCACCAAAGGAACUAAAGGGCAAAGUGGAAAGUCUUAGGGCAGUGCUGGUCACGGGCUAG